GGAGGAGGAGCCGUUGUGUCAAAUCGACCGAGCACCGUCUGCCUUCGAGGAAUGCCGGAGCUUUUUAACCGAAUGUCGUACUCGCCGGUCGGGCUUCUCUUCCACUCGACACCGAGGACAACCACGGAGGCGGGUUCCAUUCAUCGUCACGGCGGCACAGACAGGCAGCAACUCCUUUUACCUGCUGGUGGCAUGAGCUCCUUGGCGUAACGUAAUCGCCCAUCUUCGGCCUCCUGGUCGGCGCCAUGUCGGAGGAAAGUGAACCUGAGCAGAUCCUGUUCUCGGCCCUGGAGGGGCUUGAGGCAAAGGGAGGCUUCCCCCGCGGCGCCGGCGGCCAACGCCACCGCGCGGCCAACUGUCACCAAAAGGCCGAGUUGGGAUCAGGCUCCGGUGGGAGCGACGGCAGCCGGGGGGAGAGGAAGCGGCCUCGCCCGCUUCCCGAGGACGUGGACAUGGAGUCCCACGGCAACGGGUCUGUAGGCGGCUCGAGCGGCAACGGCAAGGACUCCGGCCUCCAGUCCUCGGGGAGCAACAAGAGCUCAAACUCUCACAGCUCGUCGCCGCCGAGCAGCUCCAACGCCUUCAGCCUGGUGAGCUGCGAGCAGGACAACCCGUCCACCAGCGGCUGCAGCAGCGAGCUGUCGGCCAAAGCUAGGACACAGAAGGAGCUUUUCAAGACGCUCAAGGAGCUGAAGAUGCAGCAGCCGGCGGAGAAGCGGAGCAAAGGGAAACCCAGCACGGUGAACGCGCUGAAAUACGCGCUGCGCUGUGUCAAACAGGUGAAAGCUAAUGAGGAGUACUAUCAGAUGCUGAAGAUCAGCAGCCAGCCGCCGGGGUUUGACGUCUCAUCCUACACCAUCCAGGAAAUCAACAGCAUCACCUCUGAAUACACCCUUAAAAACAAUGAUGUUUUCGCCGUAGCCGUCUCGCUCGUCACGGGGAAAAUAGUUUACAUCUCGGAGCAGGCGGCCUCCAUCUUGAACUGCAAGCGGCAGGUGUUUAAAAACGCCACGUUCGUGGAGUUCCUGGCGCCGCAGGACGUCAGCGUGUUCUACAGCUUCACCGCGCCGUACCGCCUGCCCUCCUGGAGCAUGUGCACCGGAGCAGAUUCGUCUCCCACGAAGUGCAUGCAGGAGAAAUCCUUCUUCUGCCGCAUCAGUGGUGGAAAGGAGCGUGCUGGACACCUGCAGUACUACCCUUUCCGCAUGACUCCCUACCUGAUGAAAGUCCAGGAUGCUGAGCUGGGGGAGGAACAGUUCUGCUGCCUCCUGCUGGCCGAGCGGGUGCACUCUGCUUACGAGGCACCCAGAAUCCCCACUGACAAGCGCAUCUUUACCACCACACACACACCAAACUGUGUGUUCCAGGAUGUGGAUGAGAGGGCUGUUCCAUUGCUGGGUUACCUGCCUCAGGACCUGAUCGGGACCCCCGUGCUGCUCAAUCUGCACCCAAGCGACCGCCCCUUGAUGCUGGCUGUGCAUCGGAAAAUUCUGCAGUACGUCGGGCAGCCCUUCGAUCACUCCUCCGUCCGCUUCUGCGCCAGGAACGGCGAGUACGUCACCAUCGACACCAGCUGGUCCAGCUUCGUCAACCCCUGGAGCCGCAAGGUCUCCUUCGUCAUCGGCAGGCACAAAGUCCGCAUGGGUCCCGUGAAUGAAGAUGUUUUUGCAGCGCCGGCUUUUCACGGGGGGAAGAUCGUGGACUCCGACAUCCAGGAAAUGAGUGAAAAGAUCCACAGGCUGCUUCUCCAACCGGUCCACCACUUGGGCUCCAGCGGUUACGGCAGCAACGCUUCCCGCGAGCCGCUGGUGAGCAUCAGCUCGUCCAGCGAGAGCAACGCGACCACGGCGGAGGAGGCCAACAAGGCCAACAAGGCCAAGCCUCCCAGGACCUUCCAGGAGAUCUGUAAAGGGGUCCACAUGCUGAAGAACCAGGACUCCCAGGGGGCCCCGCGCUCCCCGCCUCUCCCGCCGUCGCCAUCCAAGCCUGAGCAGAGGAGGAGCGCUGACACUCUAACGAUGCGCCUGAAAGACUCUGCGCCGCCUCUGCAGGUCAGAGACAGUACUGCAGCCAGCGUGGAGGACCAGACUGUCUGCUCCUACCAGCAGAUCAGCUGCCUCGACAGCGUCAUCAGGUACCUGGAAGGCUGUAACGUCCCCAUCACAGCGAAGAGGAAGUACCAGUUCUCCAACAACAACACCACCUCCUCCAACUCGGACGACGAAAAGAAGGGCUCUGAGGACUGCAUGCAGGUGUCUCGGGACACAAGCCAAGAGUCUGUAACGCUGCACGCACAGCCGGGCCCGCCGAACACGAAAGCGCCUGGAGGCCCGCUGGCGCCGCCCAGCAAGGCGGCGAGCGUGGUGUCCGUCACCUCGCAGUGCAGCUACAGCAGCACCAUCGUCCACGUGGGAGACAAGAAGCCUCAGCCCGAGUCUGAGAUUAUGGAGGACGUGGCGGAGAGCCCCGCGCCCCCGGCGCUGCAGGUCAGCGCGGUGUCCCCGACCAGCCAGGAGGAGGAGGCCUACAAGCGUCUGGGACUGACCAAGCAGGUGCUGGCCGCGCACACCCAGAAAGAGGAGCAGGCCUUCCUCCACAACGCCAGGAGCCUCCAGGAGGACUGCUUCACCCACCUGCACAAGCAGGGCGGUCCGGCCAGCGCUGCAGGACCGUCUGGGCUGCGGCGUGCGACCAAACUGGGCGCCACCAGGGCCGAGGCGCCCGCCAGGAGAGGCAGCCGAAACAGGAAGUCCAAGAAGCCGCGGGUGAAGCAUCCCGACUCGUCAGACAGCGCCGCAUCCGACCGCAGGCCGGGGCCCCCCCUCCAGGGCCUCAACCAGACCUCGUGGUCCCCGUCGGAGGCGUCCCAGUCGGGUUUUAACGUCUCCUACCCGGCCGCGGUGCCCGCCUACCCGCUCUACCCCCCUGCACCUGCAGCCUCAGCUCAGGCCCCCUGUCCUGACCCCUCCCCCUUCACAGGCUUUGGAGAGGGACCGAGCGGCCAAGCCCCGCCUGCCGCCGCUCCGUUAGCUGCACCCAUUGUCGCACCCGUGGUGGCUCUGGUGCUGCCCAAUUACCUCUUGACCCAAAUGGGACAGUUGGGUCACAUUGGGCCGCUGGGGGCUGCUCCCAGGCCGGCCUUUUACCCGGAGCAGAGCCAGACCCAGCCCGCGUACGCCGCUCAGCCCCCGCAGCCGGCCUUCGCUGUGCAAACACAGCCCCCCUACACGGCGCAACCGCCGUUCCCCGCGCAGACCGCCUUUACCCCCCACCCCCUCUUCAGUGCCCCCCAGCCAUUCCAAGCCGGCCUGACCCCCUACAGUGCCCCCCACUCUUUCCCUCAGGCAGCCUACGCUCCUCAGCCGCCGUUUGCUGCGCAGCCAUCUUUCCCGCCGCAGAACCAGUUUUUGACUCAGGCCCCUCGCAGCCUGGCCGGCGGGCCACCCGCAUCCACGGCGGAGCUUAGAGAGGCGGCGGCGGCGUCACGCCCGUCCACGCCGGGUCCGGGAGCGCGGGAGCCGACCGCGUCGCCGCCGCUGUUUGAGUCGCGGUGCAGCUCGCCACUGCAGCUAAAUCUGCUGAGCAUGGAGGAGGGGCAGCGCUCGGUGGAGCGGCAGGACGGCGCCGCCCGCUCAGGGGCAGCUGCGGCAGCGGGGAGGGAGACCGGGAACCACCAACAGGCUCCCGGAGACGGCGCUCAAAGCGACUCCUCAUCCUGCGACUUGCUGGACAUCCUGCUGCAGGAGGACUCCCGCUCCGCGACCGGAUCGGCCACCUCCUCCUCCACUGGCUCCGGGUCGGGCUCAGCGGGUGGAGCUUCUGGCAGCGGAACAGGAAGCAGCAACACAAGCAAGUACUUCGGCAGCAUGGACUCCCUGGAACCCGACGGAGAGACUUUCAUCAAAUACCUCCUCCAGGAGCCCCUCUGGCUGGUGAUGGCCAACGCUGACGAGAAGGUCAUGAUGACGUAUCAGAUGCCGCCCAGGGACAUUCGGAGGGUUCUGCGAGAAGACAAGGAGAGGCUGAGGCAGAUGCAGAAGAGCCAGCCUCACUUCUCCUUCGACCAGCGGCGAGAGCUGGUGGAGGAGCACCCCUGGAUGAGGGGGCGGGGUCUGCCGGCUGCCAUCGAUGUGAAGGAGUGCGUGUACUGCGAGGACGCGGCGCCGGCCCCCGUCGAGGAGAACCUGCCACACAUGGACAUGGGGGAGCUCGGCCAGGAGCUGAGCCGCGAGGGCCCAACCGGCCACAGCCAAUCAGAGGCGUCUCCACCUCAACCAGACGCCGGCUCCUGAACACACACACACACACACACACACACACACACAGGUUGUGUGCUGCUGGUGUGUUCAUGUGUGCUAGUUGUGCAGAGGGACUGCUGCUGAUGUGCAGUUCUCAAUCUGCCCCCUGAGGGGGCAGUAACACUUCAUGAGGGUUUCUGUAAGCCUGACACUCGUAUAGCACUUCUGCCAGCUCACACACACACACACACACACACACACCGAAAAGGAUCCGGUCAUUGAUGACUUUUUAUUCCUCCAGAUGAUUUUUAUUGUUCAACGUCUCUUUAAAAGAGGUGGAGCUUCACUGCAACAGCAGCAGUAUUUAUUCUAUUUAAUACAUAAUGGUUGUGUCACAAACAUCUGAUGAAUACAUUAGAUGUCAAAUCAAUUUGACACCGAUUUGUUUUCAUGUUUGUGUUUUCUUGUUUGCGACAUAGUGUCAUUGAAGACCCUGAAACCUGCUUCUUGUAUGUAAUACCUGCGGUGCACAGUGGACGAUGUGACCCCGACCCCCACUUUUGUAUCGCGGAAGAGUUUUCUUACCCCCCCACAGCUUCUGCAUCGUCGACUCCACAGCCAACAGAAUGACAUCGUAUUUAUUUUCUACCGGAUAAUAUAUCUAGAAUAGAUUGUUUGAAGCUAAAGCCAAAUAUUCAGCACUUUGAUCCACAGCUCGCUUUGACAAAUCCGGCGUGGAGUCAGCGAGUGCGUUUUCACAGAAUAACCUCGACGUGUUGUCGGCCUCUGCAGACCUUAAAAACGCCACAGGUGCUACGAACAAGUGUGCGUCAUCGCCAAUGACGAAGCUGCUGGAAUACUUCCUGUUCCAUGGAAGCAGCAGGAAACUGAUACCUGAGUGAAGUGAGAGGGGUUAAACCUUUCUGCUUGACAAUCAAGGUCAGUUACUCUUUUUCAAACAGCCGUUUCCUUUCACCUCAACAAAGUAUGCAGUAAGAUAAUGAUUCUGUCUUUGUGCAGCCAGUAAUCAGUGUGGAUUUUCUUAGAUGUUGGUCAACGACAGUGUUGUGAAAGGGAUGUUUAAGCGGUGCAUUCAGCACUACGGGGGGGGGGGAACACAGCGGGGGGCAAACUGCAUUUCAAUUGUAGCAUAAAAGGCAACCAGGUGGCCUAAUUAACCCUCUGCAGAGACCUGGGUUACGCCGGAAGCGGUGACGUGCGCGGAUCAGGCCCCAUGCAGCCCCCCCCCCGGCAUGAAGUAUUAAGGAAACAUGUAGUUUGAUGUAAACAACGGGAGAACCUACUGAGGGGGGGCUCGUGAAUGUAACGCGUACCACCGGACUCUCAAGCAUCUCAACGGCAGUGUUUGU